AAAUCAGGUGAUGAGGCCCCCCUUAUAUCACGUGACUUGUCCGCUCAAACAUCGCCUACAACUGCAUCGAGAUGACUUUAUUGUGCAGGCUUACCCUCGCGUUUACAAUUAGUUGGGUUUUACUCAACAAUUUGGUUGUAGCGGAAGUAAAAACGGCGGUUAUUGACAAAAACACGGGGCAACUGUCUCUCUUGGAUGGUUACAGAGAAGAUUUUGUGGCCUGGGCUAACUUCACCGACGACAUUCAAACUUCCGGCUGGGCUUUCUUGGAGGUGACCACUAGUGGUCAAUAUAAUGACAGCAUCCAGGCGUAUGCUGCUGGAGCCGUGGAGGCAGCAGUCACAACGCAGCUUAUCUACAAGCACUGGAUGAACAAUCUCAUGGGCUACUGCGGACCCUUCUCCAGACAUUCUAGUUACUGUGAUCGUCUUAAGACUUUCAUCACUAUCAACCUGCAAUGGAUUCAGGAGCAAAUUGAGAAGGAGCCAAAUUCAUCUUACUGGUAUCAGGUUCGCCUGGCUCUUCUUCAGCUCAAAGGUCUGGAGGACAGUUACAAUGAAGAGCUGGCAUUUCCUUCUGGCCCAAUAUCCUUUAAUCCAUUUGGUUUCCUACUCUUCCAAAUGGGCGGAGAUCUGGAGGACUUGGAAUCAGUUCUGAAUAAAUCCAGCCUGACUCGACCAGUAGGAUCUGGCUCAUGCUCUGCUCUCAUUAAGCUGCUGCCAAAUAAUAAGGAUCUUCUGGUGUCACAUGACACCUGGAGCACCUACCAGUCAAUGUUGCGCAUCAUCAAGAAAUACACCUUUGCCUUCAAAGUUUCCCCGUUAGACAAUCUUAUCCUUCCUGGUCGGGUCCAGGCCUUCUCUUCCUACCCGGGAUCUAUUUUUUCCGGAGAUGACUUUUAUAUCCUUAGUAGUGGCUUGGUUACCCUGGAAACCACCAUUGGAAACAGCAACCCUGCUCUGUGGAAGUUUGUUCAACCCACAGGCACGGUGAUGGAAUGGCUCAGGAACAUUGUGGCGAAUCGUCUGGCAGUCACUGCUAAAGCCUGGGCGGAGUUAUUCAGCAAGUACAACAGUGGCACGUACAACAACCAGUGGAUGAUUGUGGAUUAUAACAACUUCACUCCAGGCAAGACCGACAUCGUGGAGGACCUCUUUCUCGUGUUGGAGCAGAUUCCGGGUCAAAUUGUUUACACUGAUAAAACAGAAGAAUUACUUGAGAAAGGAUACUGGGCAAGUUACAACAUACCGUAUAAUGAGGACAUAUUUAAUGCCAGCGGCUGCAAUGAGCUGGUGGAAAAGUUUGGCUCAUGGUUCUCCCUGGACCAGAAUCCCCGGGCUCAGAUAUUCAAGAGAGACCAGAAAACUGUUACAGAUGUUGCCUCCAUGAUGCGCCUCAUGAGAUAUAAUAACUUUAAAGAAGAUCCCUUGUCACGGUGCCAAGCCUGCAAUCCACUUGAGAAUGGAGAGAACGCCAUCUCUGCUCGCUCAGACCUAAACCCGGCCAACGGCACGUACCCAUUUGGCGCCUUACGACAAAGAUCCCAUGGAGGAACAGAUAUGAAGAUGACCUCCUACGGGAUGUUUCGUCGGUAUGAGAUGCUGGCCGUAAGUGGGCCAACGUGGGACCAGGUAGCGCCCUUCCGAUGGAGCACAUCUCCGUACAAGGACCUGCUGCACAUGGGUCAACCUGAUAUUUGGGCAUUUAAACCGGUUAAAGUCACCUGGACACCUUGAUUGAAAUAAUGCCUUACAUAAACGUGGUUGUGCGGAAGCACAGUGGACGUUUUGACAAAGGGAAACAAUACCAUAAAUGCAAGGUUUCUCAGGAUUCUCAGUGUGUUGAUUAUGUUCUGGAUCUUUUGCAUUACUUGCUCAAUAAAAGCGUAGAAGUGAGA